GUUAACGGCCAGCUGCCCAGCUGCCACGCGACCGACCGAGCGAGCCGGGUUGUGCCCCGGGUUUCUGCGCGCUUUCUCCCCGGUGGUUCUCUCCUGAGCUCGGCGACAGCAGAAGGUUGUCUCCAAACCAGCGUCGGACACUCGGCGCUCGGGGCGCACGCCGCCGCCAGCAGCAGCAGCAGCAGCAGUAGCAGAAAUUCGGCGGGGACCAUGCCAGGCUCCAUGCCCAUCACGGAGCGACCACCUGCGCCAGGUGACAGCGGGCUUCGCCCGGCCGCCGUCGAGAAGGCGGCGAUGUCCGGCGCGGGUUCGGUGCUGCAGCAGGCGGGCAUCAUCGACCCAUCGGUUCCUAUCCGAGAUAUACAAACCAAAUUUGCCGUUCUCAGCGGACUCAUUCAAGCUGGGGAGGUUAGCAACCGGGAUAUCGUGGAAACGGUGCUCAAUUUGUUGGUGGCCGGCGAGUUCGAUCUGGAGACCAACUUCGUCAUUCAAGAGGCGGACGGCAUCGGCUGCCUGCCGGCUCUGCUGGAGCACUGCGACGUCGCCUGCCAGGCGGAGAUCUGGAGCAUGCUGACCGCCAUGCUGCGCAAGAGUGUGCGCAACCUGCAGAUGAGCACCGAGGUGGGCCUCAUCCAGCGGCUGCUGAUCCGGAUCAGCUCGGUGGACGACAUGAUUGCAGACUUGCUGGUGGACAUGCUGGGCGUGCUGGCCGGCUACAGCAUCACGGUGCGGGAGGUCAAGCUCCUCUUCAGCAUGCUACAGGGGGAAGGCGGCCUGUGGCCCAGGCGCGCCGUCAAGAUGCUGGCCGUGCUCAACCACAUGCCCCGGCGACACGGACCCGACGCCUUUUUCAACUUCCCCGGCCGCAGUGCUGCUGCCAUCGCGUUGCCUCCCAUCGCCAAGUGGCCUUACCAGAACGGCUUCACGUUCAACACCUGGUUCAGGAUGGAUCCUUUGAACAACAUCAACGUGGACAAGGACAAGCCCUAUCUCUACUGGUGAGAAAACAC